AUGCAUCAUUUUGUUCAGAAGAGUGUGAAGAGAAAAUGCAUACCCACACUCACACCCAAAUUCACUCGAAAGUUUAUUAAUGCUAAUAAAAUACAUUCAAUUGAUUUUCGUAUUGGUGGUGUAGCUUCUAUAACUGGUUCGUUUGCUCAUGAUCCUUUAAAUACUAAUAGAAUUCUUGUAGAAAAUAAUAUUCCAUUAGUUGGUCUUGAUGGUCUUAACAUUGUUCAUGUUGAUGGAAUUUCUGUUGAUGGAGAAGAAGGGACUGCUCUUCGACUUUCAAUUAACGCCACUAUUGAAAAUCCAGGUGUCACUGAUGUUCAACUACAAAACUUUUCAUUUUACAUGGCCGAAGGAGAAACCGGUACAAUUCUUGGUCAAAUACCAAUCAAUGUUCUUGCUUUACAACCAGGAACCAAUACAGUUACCCUUAAUGGUCUUCUUGCUCCAUUGCAUGAAACCGAUCUUCCAGUAGUUGGCAAAUUCUUUUCCGCCUAUCUUAAUGGUCAAACACAAUUGGUAAAACUUUUCCAUGAUCGAUCUUUUGAACAAAAUGCAAUUCCAAUGGAUUUAACAACAAGUGGUUUAACAAUGAAAGCUAACCUUGAAGGAAUUAAAGCAAAUAUAAUUCGUCAAGUUGACGUUCUUAAUUUUGGUAUUGAAUUUGAUUCAAUUGAUGAAAGUAAAGUUUAUGCAACAGGUCGAUUAUCAGUUUUAUUUGCGUUACCAUCUAACGUUCAUAUGACAUUUAAAGCAUUAACAACUAGUAUUAAUUUUACUAUGCAUUUUAAUGAUGGACCAAGUAUGAGUCAAAUGAUUCUUCAUGAUUUACCUGUUGAACAUAAUCAAAUAACAAAUGAACUUUUAAUGAGUUUUAAUAAGCAAGAACUUAUUGUUCUUAAUGAUGCAUCUUUUGAAGAAUUUGCUGCGAAUCUUGUUCUAACAAGUAGUGUAUCCGUUACAAUUGAAGGUUUAGCUGCAGCACUUACGAAUAUUCGUAUAGGAAAUAUUACUCUAUCUGAUAUUCCAGUCCAUGAUACACUCCAUCUUGUUGGUUAUAAUCAAUUUAACAAUGAACUUUUAAAUAUUGAUAAUAUAGAUCUAACUGGAGCAUUAUCAUCUCAUGAACUUGCUCUUCGUGUCAAAACAAAAAUUAUUAACCCUUCUGUUGUUAAUAUUAUUAAUGGUGGCCCUCUUUCACUUGAUUUAUGUGAAGUGUCAAGUGGUAUUUCACUUGGUUCAGUUAUUAUUGAUCCAUUUUAUCUUGAACCACAAGGCAGUAACACUAUACUCAAUGCAGAAGGUACUUUUCGCAUAACUGAUGAAAAUUCUGCCGUCGCUCAACAAUUUGUUUCACGUAUGAUUUCUGGUAUAGAUAAUAAUGUAGAAUUACGUGGUAGAUUACCAAAUAAUUCAGUCGGUACUUCCAUUCCUCAACUCUCAAUGGCGAUUGCUGAUUUACGUAUUCAUACACGAGUUCCUGGUCUUUAUGGUGAGAGAGCACUUGUUCGAGAAAUUCUUCUUAAAAAAUUAAGUGCUGUACAAAUGGCUGGUAUUCCACUUGGUCUUGUCAAAACACUUUCUUCACGUAUUCGGCUUAAAAAUCCUUUUGGUACAGUUUUAACUAUAACAGGUAUGAACAUAAGAGCUUAUUUUGGUGCUGCAAUUGAUGAAAGUCAACAAGUGGGUACUGUCACUGAUAAUUCACGUAUUACCAUCGGUGCUUAUGAAGAAAUUGUAACAUCUAAUAUAGAUGUAAAGAUUACGGCGAAAUUAUCAACAAUGGUUUCUCUUUUGCCUCCUCUAUUAGCUGGCACUAGUCGUUUAUCUUUAUCAGGUUUUAUCAAUGUUAUUAUUGGAAACCAAAUUACUCUUAACCAACUUCCACUUACUUUACUUAAUGUAGCUAGCAUUCAAGAUAGAUCGAUAUAA